GAGACACCGAACCCGGAUACAGUCUCAACAUUCCAAGAUCGAGUGUUGGGACAGCGCUCCCGAGCGUAGGGGCGCCUCUGAGUGUGGGCUGUGAUCGUAGCUGCCCUGUGGUCCCCUCCCCUCCCCCCGCGUGCGAGUUGCGGCUCCGGGCGGCCUCACCAUGAACCUGCUGCCGAAGAGCACCAAGGAGUUCGGUUCUGCCCAGUACUGGGAGCGGUUCUUCCAGCAGCGAGGGGAGAAAGCCUUCGAGUGGUACGGGACCUACCUGGAGCUUUGCGGGGUGUUGCACAAGUACAUCAAGCCCCGAGACAAGGUGCUCGUAGUCGGUUGUGGCAACUCUGAACUAAGCGAACAAAUGUAUGAUGUUGGCUAUGAGGACCUCAUGAACAUUGACAUCAGCGAGGUGGCAAUCAAUCAGAUGAGGGAACGCAAUGCAGACAGGAGGCCAAAGAUGAGUUAUCUGCUGAUGGACAUGCUGCAGAUGGAUUUCAAGGAUGCCCAGUUCCAGGUGGUGUUGGACAAAGGCACCCUUGAUGCUGUCCUAACUGAUGAAGAGGAGACCACGUUGGAAAGGGUGGACAAGAUGUUUGGAGAGAUUGCCAGGGUUCUGCAGGUUGGAGGCCGCUACCUGUGCUUCUCUUUGGCUCAGGCCCAUGUGGUGAAGAAGGCAGUGGCCUACUUCUCCCAGGAAGGCUGGAUGGUGCGUAUUCACCGGGUUGCAAGCAGUGAGGUUGGAGAAGCCAGGGGACGGUUUGUCCUGCCUAUUUUCGUCUAUGUCAUGACCAAAUUCAAGAAGAUCCCUGGUUCGGCUCUACGGAUCCUUGAGAUCUGUGCCGAUGAGCAGGACAAGCCAGUGCGAGUAGAAAGUGCUGAGCAGCUGGCUGAGGCAGUGAGGGAGAGACAGGACUACGCUCUGCUGCGCAACCAGCUGAACAAAAACCCGAGUGCAGGACAUGUCUCCCUGGACCUGUAUGAUAAAGACAGCAGGAAACCUCGCUACACCCUGCAUGUGGUGGACAGCCCAUCGGUGAAACCUUCUCGGGACAAUCGCUUUGCCAUCUUCAUCAUACCGCAGGGCAGAGAAACCGAGUGGCUCUUUGGCAUGGAGGAGGGUCGAAAGCAGCUGGCUGCGAGCGCAGGGUUCAGGCGGCUCAUCACAGUUGCCUUGCACAGAGAUCAGCACUACGAAGGGAUGGAAAGCAUCCAAGCCGAGCUGUCAGGAAAAGUGAUGGAGCUGGCACCACCUGGCCUCCCAGCCCAUCAACAGGUGCCUUUUCUGUCUGUAGGUGGGGACAUUGGGGUCCGGACUGUUCAACACCGUGACACCAGUACCGUGAGUGGGGAGUACGUUAUUGAAGAUGUGAAAGGGGAUGAAAUGUGUUACUUCCGUCGGCUCAUCUUCCUCAGCAACAGGAACGUGGUGCAGUCAGAAGCCAGACUAUUAUCCAGGGUACCCACCAAAGGCCAAAAGAAACGGAAAAAGGACAAGAAGAAGCCUGUGUCUGUCUCUGCUGAGGCAUCCCCAGUGUCAGCUGCUUGGACAAUCGACAAGAGCUACCUGUGCUGUGAACACCAUAAGGCCAUGGUUGCAGGCCUAUCUCUGCUGAGGAACCCUGACACCCUACCAGAGGCCCAACUUACAGUGCUGGUGAUCGGUUUGGGCGGGGGCAGCUUGCCAGUCUUCAUUCAUGACUAUUUCUCCCAGUCCCACGUUGAGGUGGUUGAAAUCGAUCCCUCCAUGCUGGAGGUAGCUACGUGCUGGUUUGACUUUUCCCAGGGGAACAGGAUGUGCGUUCACAUCUCAGAUGGAUUGGACUACAUAGCUAAGCUUGCAGCAGAAGCACCAGCCCGAUAUGAUGCUGUCAUGUUUGAUGUAGAUAGCAAAGACCCCACAUUGGGAAUGAGCUGCCCACCCCAGGCUUUUGUGGAAAAGUCCUUCCUGCAGAAGGUUAGAACCAUCCUCACACCAGAAGGAGUUUUUGUGCUCAACCUGGUGUGCCGAGACUCCUUGCUCAAAGACUCAGUCUUGGCUGUCCUCAAAGAGGUCUUUCCUCUCCUCUACGCACGAAGGAUUGAAGCGGAGGUCAACGAGAUUCUUUUUUGUAAGCUGCGCUCUGAAGGGAAAUUGGUGACCUCAGAGAUCCUUGAGAGUGCCAGGACCCUGGAGAGGACACUGAAGAAGCCUGGACAAGCAUGGGACAGCUCCUAUGUUCUGUCUGACAUGCUGAAGGCCGUGAGGAUUGUGUGAGAGGGAUGGCCCAGCCUCCUCAAAGGGCUAUCCAUCUAGCUAUACUGUUGGUUUGAAGAGAGAGGGUAAUGCUGUGUGAAGAGUGGUGCCCCUGACCUUGUGCCUCACAGAAGCUUAUCCUUGGGUUUGGGGUAGGAACAGUGCAUCCACUGUAGCUUUUGAGAGUGGAGUUGAAGUCUUUGGAGCUCCCUUCAGGCUGCAGGAUCUCUGGGAUUAAAGGGGAAUGACAGAGGCUGCCAUACAGCAGUGAAAGAAACUGGGCAGCCCUUCAUUUUCCCAGCAGGGGCUCUUGGGCACUGAUGAAUGUAGUGAGAAGUUCCUUCCCAUCUGCAAAGGCCACUGUGCCCUGGCACUGCUGCAGUGUCCUUGCUAACUUGUAGAGGGUUCAGGGGAGGGGAACCAGGCCCUGUUUUCUCUCUGCCAUUUUGGCUAUGUAUUGCCUGGAGUGUUGCUACCAUGUUCUCCUCCAGCUCUGAAUGUGGGCAGUGAGAGACUUCCUUCCUCUUUGCUUUUUAAAAUAAAUGUCUUUUUUUUUC